GUCCUGUGUCACGUGAUUGGGACGGUCUAUGCGGCUGCUGCUGAUGUGACAAGGCAACAGAGCAGAGGCUAUUGCUAGCUGUUAUCGUGUAGGUUUGUUGUUUAAUGUUUCUGAUUUUUUCCUUUAACUUUUGAGAAGUAAUCGUAAAAUGGACAACAGCGGGAAAGAAAAAGAGGCAAUGGCUUUAAUGGCCGAGGCGGAAAAGAAAGUGAAAUCUUCGCAGUCGUUUUUUGGAUCUUUGUUUGGGGGCUCCUCCAAGUUGGAAGAGGCAUGUGACAUUUAUGUGAGGGCUGCAAACAUGUAUAAAAUGGCUAAAAACUGGUGUGCUGCAGGAAAUGCAUUCUCUCAAGCUGCACGCCUCCACCUGCAGAUGCAAAGCAAACAUGAUGCUGCUACAAAUUACAUUGAUGCUGGAAAUGCCUUCAAAAAAGCAGAUCCACAAGAGGCAAUAAACUGUUUAAACAGAGCAAUAGAAAUCUAUACAGAUAUGGGACGUUUUACAAUUGCUGCAAAACACCACAUCACUAUUGCUGAAAUAUACGAGACAGAGUUGGUGGACAUUGAUAAGGCGGUUGCACAUUAUGAACAAGCAGCAGAUUAUUACAAAGGUGAAGAAUCCACAAGUUCAGCCAACAAGUGCCUUCUGAAAGUUGCAACCUAUGCUGCCCAGUUGGAGCAGUAUCAAAAAGCUAUUGAGAUAUAUGAACAGAUUGGAACAUAUGCAAUGGACAGCACACUUCUGAAAUACAGUGCCAAGGAUCACUUCUUUAAGGCAGCACUCUGUCACUUCUGUGUAGACAUGCUGAAUGCAAAGCUUGCUGUGCAGAAGUAUGAGGAAAUGUUUCCAGCCUUUUCAGACUCUCGGGAAUGCAAACUGUUGAAGAAACUUUUAGAUGCAUAUGAAGAGCAGAACAUGGAUGCCUAUACUGAUUCGGUAAAGGAGUUUGACACCAUUUCACGGUUGGACCAGUGGCUCACUACAAUGCUUCUUCGUAUCAAAAAGACCAUACAGGACGAUGAGAGUGACCUACGUUGAACCCUGUCAUCCUUUAACAUCCAUUUGACUUUAACCUUUGGCCUAUGUUUUUUGCAGAUAAUGCUGAUGUCCAAUAUAUAACGUUGUUUUACUAUUACGCUUCUCUUACACAUUUUGCGUUUUUAAAAUGUAAAAAUUUGUUUUCUCUUAGUUCACUCUUUGGGUAUAAACACUAUUUUCUUUAACCCUUUAUAUUAAGUAUGUUAAGGCUCUAAUUUAAGAAAUUUGAAAUGCAAGUGAUCAUGCCAGCACAGAGAAAAUGUACUUUUUUAUUAUUCAUGUAAUUGUAAGGGAGUCACAACACUUAUAAAUAAAUGCAUCCAAAUUAA